AUGGAGCAGAGGGUGAACGACGGAGUAAUAAAAGGAAUAUGUGGAGAAGCACAUGACCAGGACAAUGGUCAAGCGCUAGAUUCGCGGCAGAGGGAUAUAUGCGAGUUGACACUUAUAGCAUUGUCCUUUAAACAUGGAAUUAAAUUGGGCGCGUCCGGUGAGAACCCAGAGAGUGCGAAAACUGGGGAGGACGGCAUAAUGCAAUAUAUGAAAUGUAUUUUAGUGAAUAUAUUUAUGAAAAGAAUAUUAGGUAAAACAUGUGUGGACACAGAUGGUGGAAAAAAUGCAUUUAAUGCUGCAAAGGGCUUGAUGACUGCGCAAUCGGGAACACCGCGCAAUACUACAUGUGAGGGCAAGGAUUUAAUUUCGGGUGACAAGAGCAAGAGGCCGGAAGAUUGGACAUUGUUGGAAAUAAUGGGCAGGUGGUUUGAUAGGCAUACGAAAGGAUUGAAGGACGGUAAUGUAGGAGCAUUAGGGGAAGGUUGCAUGGUAGAAAAAAAAGAAACACAUGGAGGAAGGGAGGAAAACCUGGGUGACUUGAAAGAGACAGUAAAAAAACAAAUGGAAGAGGUUGGGGACGAUAUUGCGAAGAAGAUAGAGAGAAUAUUACCGAAGGUAAAAACAUGUACAUCUAAAGAAUGUGUGAAGAGUGCAAUAGAACAAGAGAAGCAGAAGGACUCCCUUCCGAAAGCUCCCAAAGGUAAAGGAGACCAACAGUCGGGACCACCGCGGACGUCACAGGGCACACAGGCAUCAUCAACACCAGGCGGGUCAGAUAAAAAGGAAGGAUUGCUUCCUCCCCAGAAAGAAGCAGAAGCAGAAGCACCAUCAUCGCCGAAACUGGUAGAUGCAGCACCGGAAGGAAGAUCAGAGGACCAUGGAAAACCACCACUACCACCUCCAGCACCGCCGCCAGCGCAAACCACAUCAGAUGGAGACACAGGACCAGCAGGAGCAGUAGGAGGACCCGAUGCACCGGAACCAACAUCGCGGACACCAGCGGGGGAAGCACCGAAGGUGGAACCCGCAGAUUCAAUAACACAUGGUUCAGGACAAAAACCAGAAGGACCUACACUGGGAGCAGAACCCUCAUCACAACCAGCAUCAGCAAUAAAAGAAAGUGAAACCAAGAAUACUCAGGACAAAGCAUCAGUCGAUGGAAUUCCUACAGUUGGUUUACCAUCCUCUGGUGAGGCCGCUUCCCCAAAGGAACAUCUAGGACAAGCAGGUUCCGCAGCAGGUUCCACGUCUACGGACACUAGUAACACUGUGGAGAACCAUGAACAGGCUGAAGCAUCCGGCCCCCCAAUUGCCGCCGACGGGGAGAACAGCCCAAAUGACAGCACCCAGGAUAGUGUAUCAAAACCGGGGGCACAGCAUAACAGGGACAAUCAGGAAGAUACUGUAAGUCAAGGUUCUGGUAGUCAGAAUGGUCAGCGUGAUCCAGACGCCGUACAUGUAAAAGGUGCUAAGGACCAUGCGCGCGAAGCUGGUCCUACUUCUCCUAAAGAUAAUACUGAGGAAGAUACUGGUCAGGCCACGGCAACAACUGUCAGGGUCACCCACACUGAUGGCCCAGAUGGUAAUAACAGCCAUGCAGGAGCUUCCUGCACCGCGGACUCCAGUUCAAGUUCCAGCUCCAGCAGUGGUGGACAGGCUCAAAAUAACUCACCAGUACCAACACACGUUCAGUCGGCCGGAACACAACUUACCUCCUCACCAUCCAUUGAUCAAACCACUGUUCCAGUAGGACAGGGCACACCAGCUACCCUACCUGAUACAUCCAGUGGAAAAGCUAAUGAAGCAGGUAAAGCACCCACCUUAAGAGAUAGAGCAUCCAGUUCAGGAGGCAGUACCCUCCGUGAGCAACAACCUACCGCGUGGUCCCCUGAACCCUUCGACCCCAAGGAUCUCAUCCCCUACACCCCCGCGAUCAUCCCCGCGGCGGUUGGUAUUGGCAUCAUUGCCUUUUUCCUCUGGAAGUACUUUGCCUUCCUCGGAAAAAAACGACGACGAACGUAUCGAACCGUUCGUGACGUGCCGUCACCGCCACUCGACGAAGAAAUAUUGGAGCAUUUACAACGCGGCGCGCCGCCAGCCGAUUACGGGUACACGAUGGUUAGGGAUACGCAACCUUCGUCAAUAUCCGGUAGAGGACGCCCACCACGCGUGCAUACACGCACGAUCAUCGAGCUACAUCUAGAAGUGCUCAACGAAUGUGAAGCCACCGAGUGGGAAAACGUCAAAGAGGACUAUUGGAAGCUGGUCGUGCAGGAGUUUGCGCGUGACUUGGAGCAGGAAGGGGACACGAAUAACAAUACCUUGGGUGUUUCUACCUCGCACGCCGCUUUAGCAACCCACGAUGCAACAACCGACCAUUCCACAACCCAAGGCCGCCUAACGCGUGAUCCCACCGCAACGGAUGUAUGUCCACCGCAUGACUGCGAUUCAUGGAGUUGUAUGGAACAUAUCGACUUCGAUGCAGAACAGCAUGCUCAUUCCAGCCACAGGCAGGCGAACUCAGCCCACGAUUGGCAUACCCAUUGGAUCCCUUGGAUUGACCGCAACAAACAUAUUAUGCGCGAGUUCACGACGCAGCCGUGGUUUAAUUCCCUCAAAUCGGAAUGGAAACAAUAUUAUCAACAACAUGCCUCAAGCGCAAUGUCCUGGCAGAGCGAACUCGGUGAAGCGGCCACCGUGAAGAUGAUGAAACUGCGGUUGUGGAAAGAAUGGGUUGCGCAACAACAUCGGCAAAUGCGUAUGUAUAACGCGGAGGAGUGGUUCCAACAUUUGUUGCAUACUGUACAGGAGGAGACAGUGUCGGACAACGGCGCCGUACCACGAGUAGAAAAACACUUAGAAGUGGAACAAGUAAUGGCAGCAGAACAUAUGCUACGAGUGACAGCUAUACCAUGCACCCAACCACUGCAUCCGCAACCUUACAUGAAACAACGGUUAACCGCUAACACAUGGAUACUGAUCCUGGCAUUAGUCAUAGAACAGUGCGAAGUCGAACGCAGUUUGCAGGAGAAGGAGUUAUAUGUGGAUGAUCUAUUGGAGCACCUGUGA